AUGGAAGAUCCCGAUCGGGAUGAGCAAGCCGGCGAGCAACCGGCCCACGCAGCAGAGGCCGUCGGAAGUGAACCGCAUUUAAGUGCCCCUCAGAUUCCAGCCGACCGCUCGGCCAGGCUUGUAGCGUUGGCGAGAUUGGGCGAGGCAGCAGCGAGACGAAAUGAGAUUCUAACACAACGCAUGCAAGCGCCUGCACCGGCGGAUGCCCCUCCACCGGGUGAUCCACCACCUCGGACACCUUUGCUUCCAGCAGGGGGAAUGCAAAUGAACCCAGCUGCACCGCCGUUUGUCCCUCGAUCAGACUUUCCAGAAGCUCGCCUUCACCAGCAGGCGGCGGCUAAUGCUAUGCAACAGCCUGCACCAGGCCCCUCCCAAUGGAAUCAACCACCGCCUCAGUAUCGGGCACCCACAGAACAGAACCCAUAUCCACACAACAAGUUCAACAUCCGCAACAAUAUUAUGGACACAAUCCUCCCACACAAGGUCCCAACCAUGGCUCCAUCUUCAGACCUGGCGGUGGCAGGCCUCCGUUUCAUAUUGCACAGCACGAUCAAAGUCAAUGUUGACCCGGAGACCGCCUUCGUCCGGGUCGAAUCAGUGCCCGUGCCCAACUUGCCUCAAGCUCCUAGGGGCCGAGCUGACGCAUAUCCAGGCCCACCACCGGGAUACAAUGGUCAAGUUGUCAUACCUCGACCGGGUAAUGCUCCAGGCGCUGCGCCAGCUAGGAUUCCUGACGAGAAACAGCAGGUUAGGGAGGGCAACGAGCGAACUGUGGUCGGAGGAGAUGACGAGCAAGGAGAGGUUGACGAGGAUGAGUAA